AUGUUUGGUCUUUUUGAAGAACACCACGAACAAGUCUAUAACGGUAACCACGAAUCCAAAUUCUCUCAUGAAGUUGUUGCUGGUGCCGCUUCAUUUGCUGCUGUAAAGAUGUUUGAAGAUAAACAAAGAAGAGAAGGUAAAGAAGUUAGUCAUGCUUUUGCCAAAGAAGCCAUUGCUGCUUUAGCUGGUGCCGAAGCCGACAAGUUAUUUGAAUCCAAAGGUUUGGAUUACUUGGAUAGAGACAGAGUUAGAAACCAAGCUAUUGAAAAUGCCCAAAGAGGAUACGACGAACACUAUGGUAGACAAGAACGUUGGACCCCAGAUUCUCAACCUCCAUUUGAUUACCAAAGAUAUUAA